UGCAAGACCUGCCUCCCAGUGACCCAGUGUUGUAGUUUCUCUCGUGGUCGUGUGCCGCAGCGGGUGUGCGUUUGUAUCGGUGUGUGUCUUUGCUUCUGUGUGUGUGGGUGCCUCGACGACCUGGAGCCUUAUUGCCCUGUUCUUCGCAUACCUUGCAACCUUCCUGAAGGGAGAGGUGGGUGCCGAAGGUGUGAGGAAGGUUCGGCAGGCGCGGCGCUGUAAGCAAGGUGCAGUACUGUUAAGGCAAGACACACGUGAAAGAAGUGAGAGGAUAUGAAAACAAGCAUGCUGGCGGCGGCAGUGAUGAUGGUGAUGGUGGCUGGGGCGUGGGCAGGACCAGCCAGGGAACGGCAGCUCAAGCCGUGCCCUGAUGGCUUCCGCGCCGUGGUGGUGGGCGGCAAGCAGGACUGUGUGUGUGCCGACUACCACGUGUACUGGCCCAGGACGGGGCUCUGCUACCCGGAGUUUACCCGAGGUCCCUGCGGCCCGGGCCAGCAGCUGGUGGCCAACGAAACGGGACACGCUGAGUGCAGGUGUCCCGGAUUCUGGGCUCUGUGGAAGGACGGUGCCUGCUAUCAGGAAUACACCCAAGGGCCGUGCAAGGUGGGCCAGCUCUUCAUGGGUCGUGGCCAAUCCACUGAGGGCUUCUGCUCCUGCUCACCCCAGCUGGUGAUGCACUACUAUCGUGAGGACGGCCUCUGCUAUCCUUUGUACGAGCAGGGCCCGUGUCCCAAAGGACACAUGCUGAAGUUCGACUACCGAACGCUGGAGCCCGUGUGUGAGUGCCGUGAUGGCUACAUGCUGGAGGAUGACGGCGCCUGCUACCCACUGAACACUGCCGGGCCUUGCAACCAGACCUCCUGUCAUGACGGCAUCAACUGUUACCUUCGCAAUUUGGAUACGCUCAAGACUGAAUGCAAGUGUCUGCCAGGCAAUGUCACGACAGCUGACGGCCACUGUUUUGAGCCGUAUUCCCGAGGACCUUGCAACCUCGGAGACUGGCUAGUCUUCUCGCAGCCUGGCGUUGCUGUGUGUGAGCCUAAGACGCAUUGCACAAGAUUCGACAACUGGUUCUACUGGACACCCGACCAGCGCUGUUACCGUCAGUAUUCGCGCGGACCGUGCCCUGCCGGCCAACUCUUCUAUCUCGAUCUCAACACGGGUAUUUCUGGUUGUCACUGCCGCAAGGAAUGGACGCCCUACUUCUGGGAGGAAGACGGUUCGUGCUACGAGCAACAUUCUGUAGGCCCCUGCCCCGCGGGGAUGUACUUCAGCUUCAAUCAGACCUCCGGCAAGACAGAGUGCAACUGCUUCACUUCUCACGUGUUGCACGAAGAGUCCCAAACUUGUUACGAGCGCAUGACCAAUGGCCCAUGUCCUGAAGGCCAGCUGGUGGUCGAGGACCCAACCACCAAUCGCAUGACAUGCAGCUGCCACUCAGGGAUGACGGCCCAUUACUGGCACGCUGACGGCCGUUGCUACCAACACUUCCUGCAGGGGCCAUGCCCACAGGGACAGACCUUCAGACUAGAUAGAGCCACCGGCAGGCCUUCUUGCAUAACCUGGGGAUAAGGACGGUGAAGGGAUAUUCAUACUGUGUACCUUAGUGUGAGUGACGUGCAGAGGCGCGUCGCCGCCUCUACUCUUUAGGUUUCCGAGCGACAAGCUGAACCAGUGAUCGAAAUUCUUAAAACUCAGAUAUAAGAUCAACACGAGGCAUCCGUGCGUAUUGUGUAGUCGUGUGUACUUGUUAGAAUUGCGCCUUUGGUCCUUGCAGUCUCCAAUGGUUACUGUCAACAGCAGGUUAUGUACAUAUUGUAUGGUGGCGGUGACGGUGACGGCCGCGGCAAGGGGCGGCGGGCGUCACCUGCACCCUGGGCUUGCUGACUCCAUUCUAAGAAAAAGAUUCGCAAGAACGCUGCCGUCAGUAUCGUUUUAUGCAAGAAAACACUGAUGCUUUAUAGUGUUAAAUAAUCGCCUGUGACGUGACAAUUUUCUCUUCGCCAUUUAUUACUGAAAGAAGAGGGGGAGGAGGGAGGCAUCAGGAACCACCCAAGCAGCCGGCGGUUCACGCAGUAUUCAUGCCCGAUGGUGUGGUUUGCGUCUCCUCCUAACUAUGGCUGGUGCAAUAAACACUGUAACC